UAUAUUGAUGUCAAGAUUUUGUUGAGUUUCUUGAGAAAAAGUUUGGGGGUUUGAUUUUGAUUUUAUUUGCUGAUCAAACAUUUCGUUAUAUUCACGAUCGCAAGAAACAGUUUUUCUCAUCUCGCAUUACUUUUUCCUUGGAGAUAGGGUCCAAACAAAUCACAAAAUGAUACAAAGAACCAUUGCUGGAACAUUCAAGGCGCGGAUAUUUUAUCACACAUUUCAAAUUACCCCUUCUAGAAAAAUAUAUUCACAAACGCUUUUCCCUUCACAACAAACCAAAAAUCUUACUCAGCGUAUGAUAUUACCAAGACUUUAUACUACUCCUGCAGGUAAUUUUGAUAAAAUGAUAGUAAAUUUCGAGCAAGUAAAGAAAGCUACCACUAAAAAUGAUAUAUUAAUAGUGGAUGUGAGAGAACCAGAUGAGAUUAAAGAACAUGGAAAAAUACCAAACAGUAUCAAUAUACCAUUGGGUUCUGUAUCAUCUGUGUUGGGAACCAUGUCAGAAAAGGAAUUCGAACAGACUUACAAAAGGCCAAAGCCAACUGAAGAUUCAGAAAUUAUAUUUUAUUGUAUGAUUGGAAAAAGAUCAGGAAUGGCUCAGCAGAAUGCUUUAAAUUUAGGUUAUAAAAAUGUAAAAAAUUACCUUGGCAGCUGGACAGACUGGGCAUCAAAAGGACAGUAAAUUAACUAUUUCUAGAAUGAAUUUACUUAAACAACAGAUAUGAAUAUCUUGACUAUUAUUAUUAUCAUACAGCAUUAUAUCAUAAUGUUCUUUCUCCUUCUAGUGUUAUUGUUUUCUUUUAGAAUCUUUAUCUUCUUUUAAUAAUUAUUAUGUAGAAUGAAACAAUGUCUUUAGAAACAAUGUUUCGAAAUUUAUCAAGUUAAAUCUAUUUUGCUUUUUAAAUUAUAUUUUUACUGGCCAUUAUACCUGGGUUUUCUUUUAAAUACUAAUAUAUAAGCAAUUUUGAA